AUGCUGCAGAACCCUGUCACUUCCACCCCCUUCUUGGUCAACGACAUCUUGAGGCUGGAGCGCGAGCAGAUUGGCCUUGAGGCCUUGCAACUUUGGGGAGCACAAAGGAGUCCGGAAAACUCUCAGUACCUGCGACUGGUGCCAGAGCCACGAGGGUCGGAGGUUCACAACACCCGUAGCAGCAGCGGCGACAGAAGGCAGAACGGGUCAGAGCCUCCUAGGGGUUCCUGUGAGAAGGUCACAGAGGUGGUCGCAGAACGGAUGGGGGAGCCACAGCCGGGCCUCCGCGCAGCCUCGCCCCUCGGCGGCGGGACCCGGGGGCCAGAGCGCUGUGCUGGCAGCAGCGGCGACGGCAGCAGCGGCGACGGCACGCCCGGCGAGCGCGCGGAGCAGCCCAAGGUGCGGCAGCGACGGAGGCCACGCGUGCUCUUCUCGCAGGCGCAGGUGCUGACGCUAGAGCGGCGUUUCAAGCAGCAACGCUACUUGUCGGCACCAGAACGCGAGCAUCUGGCCAGCGCGCUGCAGCUCACGUCUACGCAGGUCAAGAUCUGGUUCCAGAACCGGCGCUACAAGUGCAAGAGACAGCGUCAGGACAAGUCCCUAGAGCUGGCGAGCCACCCCCUGGCGCCGCGGCGUGUAGCGGUGCCCGUGCUAGUGCGGGACGGUAAGCCCUGCCUAGGCCCUGGCGCGCCAGCCUUCCCGGGUCCCUACGGCGCGGCCGCAGCGUCCUAUUCCUGUUACAGCAGCUACGCUGGCGCUCCUUACAGCGCUAGCUACCGCGGAGGCUACGCGGGCGCGCCCCCGGGCCCCACCCCGCCGGCGCCCCUGGCCAGCGCAGGCCUUGGCGGGGGUGGCCCCAGCGCCACCCCGCAGGGCCCUCUUCCCCCCACGCUGCAGGGUGUCGGGGCCUGGUGA